AUGUUUGACGUCUACACUUUAGCUACACAGCUCGUUGGCGGCGUUAUACUUAUACUUCUUGCCAAUGUUGUCUCGAUCAAAUCUCGAGGUGUACCGAAGACACUCCAGAGGAUAUUAUCCUCCCUCAUUGAUUUUAUUCAAGCUACAUUUGGCAGUAAAAAGAACGACCAACAGGGUAUUCCUUUGACAAGAGCGCAAGUCACUGCCGCAUUUCCUGAAGGAACGUGGCAGCGCAAUGCAUACGAAGAUUACAAGGCAGUCCUCCUGGAUGAAGAACUAGUAUUCCCCUGCGUCUACGCUACAAAGGGUUUCAAAUCAGAUGACCAGCUCUAUUUGUUCGUCGACUCGGAUGACCUGUCAGACCCACGCCAUAUCCGUACCAUUGCCAAGGGGCUUUCCAUAUAUCUUCCUCAAGCACGCCAGCUUGGCCCCAACACCUCCCUCGUUCUUCUUGCCAAGCAAAACGAGGUCAACUCACGAACAAUAGAAGAAUACAAUACCUUGUUCUGGGAACUUCUCAACGGUCUCGCCAAGCUUGAUGACAAGCCCUGGCCUUCUGACAUACCCCGCGAUAUCGACACAGACAGAUGGUGUUUCUGCUUCGGCGGAGAACAAUUCUUCACUGUCAUUCAAACCCCGGCCCACCAAGUGAGGCGCACGCGUUAUGCGCCGGGCGUGACCAUGGUUAUGCAGCCAAAGUGGAUUUUCGACAUUCUCUUUAGCACUGAUGCAAAGCGGGCGGGUGCGCUUUCAAAAGUUCGUGCCCUCCUUGCCAAGUACGAUCCCAUCCCGGUCAGCCCCGAGCUGAAGAACUACGGCGACGAAGGAUCGCGGGAAUCCAAGCAGUAUUACUUGCUGGAUGAGAAUGUUCCGGCGCCGUGUCCAUAUGAGAGACUCAGCGACUCCGAGCUCAUUGCUCCGUAA